GCAGGUUUUUUUUUUAAAUUAAUUCAACCCGAAAAUUUUGGGUUGAAAAAGCAGACCCGACUCGACUGACAGAUAAGCAAUGUUAAUAUCAGGUCUAAUUCCGCAAUAAAAGAGCUCUGUUUCCAAACAGAUUUGCCCAUUAAUAAUAGGAUUACAUUGGUAGAAAUAUAGGCUGCAGCUUGUGUUUGAAUGAUGGGUUCUAAUGAACCAAUUUUAGAUUUUGAAACCUCAGCUAAUCAAUCGUAUCAUGUAGCACUUGAAAUAAUAUUCUAUAUCGAAUUUCUUAUUGCUUUUGCAAGGAUUGGGUUAGUCCUCGAAUUCGGGUCUGUCGGCUCCAUACAUGGCAAUUCGGGUUGGCCCCACCCGACCCAACCCAAUCUAUAAUUUUUGUGUUCAUCGGGUUGUUGGGUUUUUUGAACACCCGUAUUGAGAAAUUCUCUUCAUGAGGUAGAAUAAUGAAGGGCAUCGAUAAUUUACUAUCAUUCUUUUAGUCAUAUAAUCUAUACUAAGGUUAUUAUUCAUCUGGUUGUGGACCUAAGGCCUUGGAUUAUGAGAUUAGGUAGUCAUUUGUUUUCCAUGAAUAACAUAUGUACGUGAGACCUUGGUGCUUAUGUCAGAGAUAUUUGUGACCGACCAGGAAGCUUCUAAAGAAGAGAGCAUUUUUGGAAUUAAGGCAGCAAGGUUCAGUGGAAUGGAAGUUAGUUUCGACAUAUUCAAUGUCCAUUUAGUGAUUGAACUGCGCCGUGUUGUUCUGGGGAGAUAAGAAGUGUCUUAAACCAAGUGAUGGACUAGUUUGGCGUGCAUGAAUUUUCAGAAGUGCCAGAAUAGCAUAGAACUUCCAGAAGCUAUUUCUACAUUAGGUGCUUUGUUGUGGGCUCGAAAGAUCAUACUUCAUUACUUGACAUUUGAGUUUUGCUUGGUUCAAAUGAAAAAUGUGCUUUCACUCUCUGGAAGUAUAGUGGCUCGUAAGACUGCUUGAUUAGGGUGUAGAGUUGAAUCUCUGCCUUUCAACUACUUGGGCCUUCCUCUCGGAGGAGACCAUCGGAAGAUUGCUUUUGGCGCACUAUGGCGGAGAAGUUCACCCAAAAAUUAAGUAAGUGGAAGAAGCUCCUCCUAUGCAAAGGAGGUCAGUUGACCUUGACUGAAUCCAUCUUGAAUAGCUUACUAAUCUUCUACUUGUCUCUCCUUAAAGCCCCAAUGAGUAUUGUGGAUAUUGGAUAAGGUAGUUAGAGGUUUCUUUUGGGCAGGCGGCUCUUUGCAUCAUUGUAGGGAUUUGGUGAAUUGGGAAUAAACCUCCCUCCUUAUUCAGUUUGGCGGUCUGAGCAUUGGUGCUUUCAUGCAUAAGAAUAAUGCUCUUUUACUUAAAUGGCUAUGGCGUUUUAUCCAAAAAGAGAUCGCUUCAUGGAAAAUAGUUAUUGUUAGUAUUAUAUAGGGUUAGCUUCUUUUGGGUGGUUGCCAAACCUGCCUAAAGGGAUAGCUAGGGGAGGAUCUUGGUUUGAUAUAGCCAAGAAUAAUGCUCUAUUCCAAAAGUUCAUGACGUUUAAGGCUGGUCAAGACAGGAGAAUUCGGUUCUUGCUCGAUAAUUGGGUAAGUGAAUCUCCCCUUGCACAAGUCUUCCUAGAUAUCUUUGCUGUCUCUUUGAAUCAAGGGGACUCCAUCGUUGAGUGCUGGAACGCAGAGCAGAAUGCUUGGGAUCUGGGUUUCCUUAGAGGUCUUUUUGAGAGGGAAUUGGCCAAUUGGGCCAAUUUGGUUCAGUCUUUGGAUCUAGUUGUGUUAGGAGAGGCGAAAUAAAAUUGUCUGGUCGCUAGAGAAGGAUGGAAAGUUUUCUACAAAGUCGACCUUUCUGCAAUUGAGGAGCGCCCCUUAAAAGCUGAAUUCCCCGUUGAUUAACGGAAUCUGGAAGAAUCACAUCACACUUAUAAGAAAUUUAGAGUGUUCCUUUGGUAAGUUGCCCUUAGGUCCUUGAAUACGCAUGAGAGAUUGCAAGUUAGAUACCCAGACCGAACUCUCUCCCCCUCGGCUUGCUGUCUUUGUUUGGGGGCAGCUGAAAACAUAGAUCAUCUUUUCAUUCACGGUCUCUUUGCUGCAAAAGGGCCGCACUUUUCAAGUUUUCGACAUUGCUAUAUGCUUGCCUAAACGUGUUGAAGAUUGGAUGAUUGAGUGUUGCCUUGGUUGGUCCUUUAAAGGAAAGUUCAAAGCGUUAUGGGAUUGCACCUUUAAAGCUCUUUUGUGGGACCUAUGGCUAGAAAGAAAUCAUUGAUCUUCGGAGGACAAGACUAAAUCUUUUGAGUCUUUUUGUAAUAGUGGUCAUAUCAAUGCUUCUUGGUGGUGUCAUACGAAUAGAAUUUUUUUUUUGUAAUUAUAGUCUAUGUUUUAGCAAGAUUGGAGAGCUAUCCUCUCGGAGGCUCCCUUUUGGAAGGGGAUGUCUUGUCCCUUGUCCUUAGGUUGUUCUUUUGUUUAUAAGAUUUGGUUGGUUUCUUAUAAAAAAAAAAGAAAAAAAAUGUGCUACCACCAUUAGGUAAUUAUUACAUCAUUUCUGCAGGAUCUUGAGUAUGGCAGGGAGAAAUCGAUCAUCCCGCCACAUUGAUGGUUACCGAGUUUCCCGUGAUGCCCCUAGACCCUACAUAGACCGAGUGCCAGCACCCCUACCUAUUCAUCCUGCAGCUUUGGAAGAGGAACUUGAAUUGCAACGUAGGGAAAUGGGGAGAAUUAUUUCUGAUAACCGCAUGGUUAUUGAUGAUAAUACAAUACUUCAAAGGGAAUUAUCAGCUGCAAAAGAAGAAAUUCACCGGUUGAACCAGGCUAUACCCAAAAUUCUGUCUGAGAAAGAAGCACAAUCCAGGGAGUUGCUUGAAAGAGGUUUGAAGCUAGAAGCUGAGCUUCGUGCUUCUGAGCCUUUAAAGUCUGAGGUUCUGCAAUUAAGAGCUGAGAUUCAGAAAUUGAAUACUUUGAGGCAGGAUUUGUCUGCUCAAGUCCAAAGCCUCACGAAGGAUGUUACUCGGUUGCAAGCUGAAAAUCAGCAGCUAAAUGCUAUGAGAGCUGAUAUGGAUGGAUUGCACAAGGAGCUUAUUGAGGCCAGGAGGGCUUAUGAAUAUGAAAAGAAAGCUAAUGAAGAACAAAUUGAACAAAAGCAAGCAAUGGAGAAGAACCUUGUUUCCAUGGCUCGUGAAAUAGAGAAACUGCGAGCAGAGAAGCUCAACAUAGAGAGAGCAAGGGGAUUAGGUGCUGAGGGUUAUGGAAUCUUGAACAGAAGUCCUGAAAUGAGAUAUGCAGGUGGUGCCUAUGGUAAUAGCUAUGGUAGUUCUUGGGCACCAUAUGAGAAGCGUGGGCGACGUUAAGUUUCAAAUUUCUCUUAGAUCUCCUUCAUUGGAGUUCCUAUCUGGUCUAGCAUCGUUACUUUUUUUUGGAGGAGAAGCUGCUUAUGAAAAGUACCAUUAUAAUGGUGUGAAGUAUCAACCAGUUAAGAUUGUAACUGAGCUGCCUUUCAAGUACAUUUUACUCUAUGUGACUAAAGUUCUACUUUCCAUUGCAUUAUAAUAUCGGUUCUUUUUAUUCUAGUUUAUUUAGUGGCUCUAGUAGCAGAAAAAAUACAGAAUAGACUGCGGGUUGGGAAUAACAGUCCAACGUUUUUCAACUAAUCAUUUUUCAUAAAAUAAAAUAUGUACAUAUACAUGUGAGGUAUGAUGGUUACUGAGCAGUCAAAUUAUCAGAAUAAAUGUCGGUGGAGAAAUUUGAUUCUGGUGACAAGUAUUGUGAUGAAAAUAUAUUGUGGGGGACGUAUUGUGAUUCUCAUGAUACCUAUAUUCAGUUUUUUUCAGAAUAUACGCAUGUAUUGUGGGAUCCAGUGCCUUGGCCUGGGGAGAAGCCUAUAUUAUUGGGGGUUUUGAGUGGUAUGCAGUUGGGUUGAGCAUUACAAGCACUCUUUGAUACAUUAUGGCGAUGUGGUGAGUUAUAUGACAAUAUAGACAUGCAUUGAGGGAUUCAGUUGCUUAUUUGGAGUCAUGAACCCUAUAUUGGUCAGAUCCCGCUGUGUUGACUGUUGAGCAUUAGGAGCUUUUGUUUGAAGGAAAGGCAUUCUCUGAUAUACUUCAUUAGAUGUUCAACAUAGUUCUUAAAUUCCUAGUCUGAUCAGUUGGUUGAAUGCCCUCUAUCUUAAUUUUGAUGAUUCUCAUUUCACGAUUGAAAUACUUUUCUACCUCAACUGAUCAAAACUUCUAGAAAUAGUGUCUACUGCUGACUAUCUAUAAGUGCUCAUGAGGGAGAGAGAUCUGUGUAAGGGUUUCCAAGUUCUUAGAUCCUGAUUUGUUCAGUUACUCUUGAGCAGCUGAUGAUGUUAGGCCUGUCACCAAAGAUGAUUUUCUCUGCAUUUUUAGCCAUAACUGCUAAGUAGUGUGGGAGACCUUGUGGAGCAGUAGAUUAGUUAGGAAGCUUGUGGUAUUAGUUAGACUAUUAGUUUAGCUUUAUUGAAAAAUUAGUUUUUGCAUCCUAAACGUUUAGAGAGAUGGGUUCGGUGCCAGCUGUUGUCUUAUAGUUACUCAGUGAUCAUGCUAAAGUUAGAACUUUGUAUCUACUGGUAUCCAUAUGGCAUGUUUUUUGACCUGUUCAAAUCUGAAUGGAAAUUCAAAAUGGAAAAAUUAGUGAUUAUAGAAUAAGUUCUAACAACCAUGAACAAUGAUGUAUAUUAUUUUUUUUUCCUUUGAAUAAGAUAAGAUUUAUUUGAUUUCAAAGUUUGCAAAUUUCAAAGCACGCUGCCAAAAAAGAAGUAACGGGUUAAGUAAACAUAACAUGCAUUUAUGAAUCUUAUGCGUAAAUGUAAUCUGAAUAUUAAAUGGAAUGAUUUGAUUAUGCUUCUAAUCCUUUUUUCAUUCUGUGCUUGAUCUUAAUUUUUCAUCCAUUUUGUUCGAAGUUAGAAAAGAGCUUUACAAUGUAUGUAUACUAUGUAUGCUUUUGAGAUAGUUGGCUUCUCGCAUUGCCUUAGUUUCCGACUUGAGUUGGUUUAUCCUUUCGAAUCUUUUGGCAGCUUCAUUAGAAGUGCACAAGCAAACUAUCCAAGUGAGGUAGUUGGAUCUUUAUAACGUUUCGGUUUUGUUCUCUCUAGUUAUCAUUUUGUAAUGUGUAAAAAGUAGAGAGAGAUAGUAGAAUUACUUUUUCAGAUUCAAUAAAAAAGAUGGAAGUUUAGUGUUGUGUAAACUUGCACACUAAAAUAUCGAAUUGAAGGAGUUGUUGCAUUGAUUUCA